AAGUUGGAGAGGAGCACAGCGCAGCAGCGCGACCCGACAGCAUCCGCACCCCUAACCCCCAGGCCGUGCAGCCCCGACCCCCCGCCCCCGACAGCAUGAUGAACAACAGCGGCUACCCGGACGCCUCCGGCUUUGGCCUGGGCGACGAGGCGGACGAGAUGCCGUCCACCGAGAAGGACUUGGCUGAGGACGCGCCGUGGAAGAAGAUUCAGCAGAACACGUUCACGCGCUGGUGCAACGAGCACCUCAAGUGCGUGGGCAAGCGCCUGACGGACCUGCAGCGCGACCUCAGCGACGGGCUGCGGCUCAUCGCCCUGCUCGAGGUGCUCAGCCAGAAGCGCAUGUACCGCAAGUUCCACCCGCGCCCCAACUUCCGCCAGAUGAAGCUGGAGAAUGUGUCUGUGGCCCUCGAGUUCCUGGAGCGCGAGCACAUCAAACUCGUGUCCAUCGACAGCAAGGCCAUUGUGGAUGGGAACCUGAAACUGAUCCUGGGCCUGAUAUGGACGCUGAUCCUGCACUACUCCAUCUCCAUGCCCAUGUGGGAGGAUGAGGAUGACGAGGAUGCCCGCAAACAGACACCCAAGCAGCGUCUGCUUGGUUGGAUCCAGAACAAGGUGCCCCAGCUGCCUAUUACCAACUUCAACCGUGACUGGCAGGAUGGCAAGGCCCUGGGUGCCCUGGUGGACAACUGUGCCCCCGGCCUCUGCCCAGACUGGGAGGCCUGGGAUCCCAACCAGCCUGUGCAGAAUGCUCGAGAGGCCAUGCAACAGGCGGAUGACUGGCUCGGGGUGCCCCAGGUGAUCGCCCCCGAGGAGAUUGUGGACCCCAACGUGGAUGAGCAUUCGGUCAUGACCUACCUCUCCCAGUUCCCCAAGGCUAAGCUCAAACCUGGUGCCCCUGUUCGCUCUAAGCAGCUGAACCCCAAGAAAGCUAUUGCCUAUGGGCCUGGCAUUGAGCCCCAGGGCAACACAGUGCUGCAGCCUGCCCACUUCACUGUGCAGACAGUGGAUGCUGGAUUGGGUGAGGUGCUGGUCUACAUUGAGGACCCUGAAGGUCACACGGAGGAGGCCAAGGUGGUUCCCAACAAUGACAAGGACCGCACGUAUGCUGUCUCCUACGUGCCCAAGGUUGCUGGGUUACAUAAGGUGACUGUGCUCUUUGCUGGCCAGAACAUUGAGCGUAGCCCCUUUGAGGUGAAUGUGGGCAUGGCGCUGGGGGAUGCCAACAAGGUGUCGGCCCGUGGCCCUGGCCUGGAACCUGUGGGUAACGUGGCCAACAAACCCACCUACUUUGACAUCUACACUGCUGGGGCUGGCACAGGUGAUGUUGCUGUGGUGAUUGUGGACCCACAGGGCCGUCAGGACACAGUAGAGGUGGCCCUGGAGGACAAGGGUGACAGCACAUUCCGUUGCACAUACCGGCCUGUGAUGGAAGGGCCACACACCGUGCACGUGGCCUUCGCUGGUUCCCCCAUCACUCGCAGUCCAUUCCCUGUGCAUGUGGCAGAAGCCUGUAACCCCAAUGCUUGCCGUGCUUCUGGGCGAGGCCUGCAACCCAAAGGUGUACGUGUGAAAGAGGUGGCCGACUUCAAGGUGUUCACCAAGGGUGCCGGCAGUGGGGAGCUCAAGGUCACAGUCAAAGGGCCAAAGGGCACAGAGGAGCUGGUAAAGGUGCGGGAGGCCGGAGACGAUGUGUUUGAAUGCGAGUACUAUCCUGUGGUGCCUGGGAAGUAUGUGGUGACCAUCACAUGGGGCGGCUACGCCAUCCCCCGGAGCCCCUUCGAGGUCCAGGUGAGCCCAGAGGCGGGGACACAGAAGGUGCGGGCCUGGGGCCCUGGUUUGGAGACUGGCCAGGUGGGCAAAUCAGCCGACUUUGUGGUGGAGGCCAUUGGCACAGAGGUGGGGACACUGGGCUUCUCCAUCGAGGGGCCUUCACAGGCCAAGAUCGAGUGUGACGACAAGGGGGAUGGUUCCUGCGAUGUGCGGUACUGGCCCACAGAGCCUGGCGAGUACGCCGUGCACGUCAUCUGCGAUGAUGAGGACAUCCGCGACUCGCCUUUCAUUGCCCACAUCCAGCCAGCCGCCCCAGACUGCUUCCCAGACAAGGUGAAGGCCUUUGGGCCUGGCCUGGAGCCCACGGGCUGCAUCGUGGACAAACCCGCCGAGUUCACCAUUGAUGCCCGAGCAGCUGGCAAGGGAGAUCUGAAGCUCUACGCCCAGGACGCAGAUGGCUGCCCCAUUGACAUCAAGGUGAUCCCCAACGGUGACGGCACCUUCCGCUGCUCCUACAUGCCCACCAAGCCCAUCAAGCACACCAUCAUCAUCUCCUGGGGAGGUGUCAACGUGCCCAAGAGCCCCUUCAGGGUGAACGUGGGAGAAGGCAGUCACCCUGAGCGAGUGAAGGUGUAUGGCCCUGGCGUGGAGAAGACAGGCCUCAAGGCCAAUGAGCCCACGUACUUCACAGUGGACUGCAGCGAAGCAGGACAAGGUGACGUGAGCAUUGGCAUCAAGUGUGCCCCUGGUGUGGUGGGACCUGCAGAGGCUGACAUUGACUUUGACAUCAUCAAGAAUGACAACGACACCUUCACAGUCAAGUACACGCCCCCAGGAGCUGGCCGCUACACCAUCAUGGUGCUGUUUGCCAACCAGGAGAUCCCCGCCAGCCCCUUCCACAUCAAGGUGGAUCCAUCCCACGAUGCCAGCAAGGUCAAGGCUGAGGGUCCUGGGCUGAACCGCACAGGUGUGGAAGUCGGAAAGCCCACUCACUUCACCGUGCUGACCAAGGGAGCGGGCAAGGCCAAGCUCGAUGUGCACUUUGCUGGGGCAGCCAAGGGCGAGGUCGUGCGGGACUUUGAAAUCAUAGACAACCACGACUACUCCUACACCGUCAAGUAUACUGCUGUUCAGCAGGGCAACAUGGCAGUGACAGUGACCUAUGGCGGGGACCCUGUUCCCAAAAGCCCCUUUGUAGUGAAUGUGGCACCCCCACUGGACCUCAGCAAAGUUAAAGUUCAAGGCCUCAACAGCAAGGUGGCUGUGGGGCAGGAACAGGAGUUCUCUGUGAACACACGAGGGGCCGGUGGUCAGGGCCAGCUGGAUGUGCGGAUGACCUCACCCUCCCGACGACCAAUCCCCUGCAAACUGGAGCCUGGGGGUGGAGCCGAAGCCCAGGCAGUUCGUUACAUGCCCCCAGAAGAGGGGCCCUACAAAGUGGACAUAACCUAUGAUGGCCACCCAGUGCCUGGUAGCCCCUUUGCUGUGGAGGGUGUGCUGCCCCCUGACCCCUCGAAGGUCUGUGCUUAUGGCCCUGGGCUCAAGAGCGGCCUGGUAGGCACUCCUGCGCCAUUUUCCAUAGACACCAAAGGGGCUGGCACAGGUGGCCUGGGGCUGACUGUGGAGGGUCCCUGCGAGGCCAAGAUCGAAUGCCAAGACAAUGGCGAUGGCUCCUGUGCCGUCAGCUACCUACCCACGGAGCCUGGAGAGUACACGAUCAACAUCCUGUUUGCCGAAGCCCACAUCCCAGGCUCGCCCUUCAAGGCCACCAUCCAGCCUGUGUUUGACCCAAGCAAGGUGCGGGCCAGCGGGCCAGGGCUGGAGCGCGGCAAGGCUGGUGAGGCGGCCACCUUCACCGUGGACUGCUCGGAGGCGGGCGAGGCUGAGCUAACCAUCGAGAUCCUGUCUGAUGCCGGCGUCAAGGCUGAGGUGCUGAUCCACAACAACGCGGAUGGCACCUACCAUAUCACCUACAGCCCUGCAUUCCCCGGCACCUACACCAUCACCAUCAAGUACGGCGGCCACCCCAUCCCCAAGUUCCCCACUCGCGUCCAUGUGCAACCAGCUGUUGACACCAGCGGUGUCAAGGUCUCAGGGCCUGGAGUGGAACCUCAUGGUGUCCUACGGGAGGUGACCACUGAGUUCACUGUGGAUGCAAGAUCCUUAACGACCAUGGGUGGCAACCAUGUGACAGCUCGAGUGCUCAACCCCUCUGGUGCUAAGACAGACACCUACGUGACGGACAAUGGGGAUGGCACCUACCGGGUGCAGUACACGGCCUAUGAGGAGGGCGUGCAUCUGGUAGAGGUGCUCUAUGACGAUGUGGCUGUCCCCAAGAGCCCCUUCCGAGUGGGUGUGACUGAAGGCUGUGACCCUACCCUAGUCCGGGCCUUUGGGCCAGGCCUAGAGAGUGGCUUGGUCAACAAAUCCAACCGCUUCACUGUGGAAACCAGGGGAGCUGGCACCGGGGGCCUAGGCCUAGCCAUUGAAGGCCCUUCAGAAGCCAAGAUGUCCUGCAAGGACAACAAGGACGGUAGCUGCACCGUGGAGUACAUCCCCUUCACACCUGGAGACUACGACGUCAACAUCACCUUCGGGGGACGGCCCAUCCCAGGGAGUCCAUUCCGGGUGCCAGUGAAAGAUGUCGUGGACCCAGGGAAGGUGAAAUGCUCGGGGCCAGGGCUGGGCGCUGGCGUCAGGGCUCGGGUACCCCAGACCUUCAUGGUGGACUGCAGUCAAGCUGGCCGCGCCCCCCUGCAGGUGGCUGUGCUGGGCCCUACAGGUAUAGUAUAUCUGGGGUGGGAGGAAGCAGGUGAGGCAAUGAGCGAGGAGGCUCUGCUGACCCCACCCCCUUGUCCAGGUGUGGCUGAGCCUGUAGAGGUGCGUGACAAUGGGGACGGCACCCACACUGUCCACUACACCCCUGCCACUGACGGGCCCUACACAGUAGCUGUCAAGUAUGCUGACCAGGAGGUGCCACGCAGCCCUUUCAAGAUCAAAGUGCUUCCAGCCCAUGAUGCCAGCAAGGUGCGGGCCAGUGGCCCUGGUCUCAACGCCUCUGGCAUUCCUGCCAGCCUGCCAGUGGAGUUCACCAUCGAUGCCCGGGAUGCUGGGGAGGGGCUGCUCACUGUCCAGAUCCUGGACCCUGAGGGUAAGCCCAAGAAGGCCAAUAUUCGAGACAAUGGGGAUGGCACAUACACUGUGUCCUACCUGCCAGACAUGAGUGGCCGAUACACCAUCACCAUCAAGUACGGGGGCGACGAGAUCCCUUACUCACCUUUCCGCAUCCAUGCCCUGCCCACUGGAGAUGCCAGCAAGUGCCUUGUCACAGUGUCUAUUGGAGGCCACGGCCUGGGUGCCUGCCUGGGCCCCCGAAUUCAGAUUGGAGAGGAGACUGUGAUCACAGUGGAUGCCAAAGCAGCGGGCAAGGGGAAGGUGACCUGCACGGUGUCCACGCCAGAUGGGGCAGAGCUUGACGUGGAUGUGGUUGAGAACCACGAUGGUACCUUUGACAUCUACUACACCGCGCCCGAGCCGGGCAAGUACGUCAUCACCAUCCGCUUUGGGGGCGAGCACAUCCCCAACAGCCCCUUCCACGUUCUGGCGUGUGACCCCCUGCCCCACGUGGAGGAGCCCUCUGAAGCGCUGCCGCUGCGCCAGCCCUACACCCCUCCCCGGCCUGGCACCUGCCCCGCACACUGGGCCACAGAGGAGCCCGUGGUGCCCGUGGAGCCGUUGGAGUCCAUGCUGAGGCCCUUCAACCUGGUCAUCCCCUUCACCAUGCAGAAAGGGGAGCUCACAGGAGAGGUAAGGAUGCCUUCUGGGAAAACCGCUCGUCCGAACAUCACUGACAACAAGGAUGGCACCAUCACGGUGAGGUACGCACCCACCGAGAAGGGCCUGCACCAGAUGGGGAUCAAAUAUGACGGCAACCACAUCCCUGGGAGCCCCCUGCAGUUCUAUGUGGACGCUAUCAACAGCCGCCACGUCAGUGCCUACGGGCCAGGCCUGAGCCAUGGGAUGGUCAACAAGCCGGCCAUCUUUACCAUUGUCACCAAGGAUGCUGGGGAAGGGGGUCUGUCCCUGGCUGUGGAGGGCCCAUCCAAGGCAGAGAUCACCUGCAAGGACAAUAAGGAUGGCACCUGCACUGUGUCCUACCUGCCCACAGCCCCUGGAGACUAUAGCAUCAUUGUGCGCUUUGAUGACAAGCACAUCCCAGGGAGCCCCUUCACAGCCAAGAUCACAGGUGAUGAUUCGAUGAGGACCUCACAGCUGAACGUGGGCACUUCCACGGAUGUGUCCCUGAAGAUCAUGGAAAGCGACCUGAGCCUGCUCACUGCCAGCAUCCGAGCACCCUCAGGCAACGAGGAGCCCUGCCUGCUGAAGCGCCUGCCCAACAGGCACAUCGGGAUCUCCUUCACCCCCAAGGAGGUUGGAGAGCAUGUGGUGAGCGUGCGCAAGGGCGGCAAGCAUGUCACCAACAGCCCCUUCAAGAUCCUGGUGGGGCCGUCCGAGAUUGGGGACGCCAGCAAGGUCCGAGUCUGGGGCAAGGGUCUCUCCGAGGGGCACACUUUCCAGGUGGCAGAGUUCAUCGUGGACACACGUAAUGCAGGUUAUGGGGGCCUGGGGCUGAGCAUUGAAGGCCCCAGCAAGGUGGACAUCAACUGCGAGGACAUGGAGGAUGGCACAUGCAAAGUCACCUACUGCCCCACUGAGCCGGGCACCUACAUCAUCAACAUAAAGUUUGCUGACAAGCACGUGCCUGGAAGCCCCUUCACUGUGAAGGUGACCGGCGAGGGCCGCAUGAAGGAAAGUAUCACCCGGCGGAGACAGGCACCUUCCAUCGCCACCAUUGGCAGCACCUGCGACCUCAACCUCAAGAUCCCAGGGAACUGGUUCCAGAUGGUAUCCGCCCAGGAGCGCCUCACACGCACCUUCACACGCAGCAGCCACACUUACACCCGCACAGAGAGGACAGAGAUCAGCAAGACGCGGGGCGGGGAGACCAAGCGUGAGGUGCGGGUGGAGGAGUCCACCCAGGUUGGCGGGGACCCCUUUCCUGCUGUUUUUGGAGACUUCCUGGGCCGAGAACGCCUGGGCUCUUUUGGCAGCAUCACCCGGCAGCAGGAAGGGGAGGCCAGCUCUCAGGACAUGACCGCACAGGUGACCAGUCCAUCCGGCAAGACGGAAGCAGCAGAGAUCGUUGAGGGGGAAGACAGUGCCUACAGUGUGCGCUUCGUGCCCCAGGAGAUGGGGCCCCACACGGUCACUGUAAAGUACCGUGGCCAGCAUGUGCCUGGCAGCCCCUUCCAGUUCACUGUGGGGCCACUAGGUGAGGGUGGUGCACACAAGGUGCGCGCUGGAGGCACAGGACUAGAGCGAGGCGUGGCAGGAGUGCCAGCCGAGUUUAGCAUCUGGACCCGAGAAGCCGGUGCCGGGGGCCUGUCCAUUGCCGUGGAGGGCCCCAGCAAGGCGGAGAUUGCAUUUGAGGACCGAAAAGAUGGCUCCUGUGGGGUCUCCUAUGUUGUCCAGGAGCCAGGUGACUAUGAGGUCUCCAUCAAGUUCAACGAUGAGCACAUCCCAGACAGCCCCUUCGUGGUACCUGUGGCCUCCCUCUCAGAUGAUGCUCGCCGUCUCACAGUCACCAGCCUCCAGGAGACAGGGCUCAAGGUGAACCAGCCGGCAUCCUUUGCGGUGCAGCUGAAUGGUGCACGCGGCGUGAUUGAUGCCAGGGUCCAUACCCCCUCGGGGGCAGUGGAGGAGUGCUACGUCUCGGAGCUGGACAGUGACAAGCAUACCAUCCGCUUCAUCCCCCAUGAGAAUGGCGUCCACUCCAUCGAUGUCAAGUUCAAUGGUGCACACAUCCCUGGAAGCCCCUUCAAGAUCCGUGUAGGAGAACAGAGCCAGGCUGGGGACCCAGGCUUGGUGUCAGCCUACGGUCCUGGGCUUGAGGGAGGCACCACGGGCGUAUCGUCAGAGUUCAUUGUGAACACCCUGAAUGCGGGCUCAGGGGCCUUGUCUGUCACCAUUGAUGGCCCCUCCAAGGUGCAGCUGGACUGUCGGGAGUGUCCUGAGGGCCAUGUGGUCACUUACACUCCCAUGGCCCCUGGCAACUACCUCAUCGCCAUCAAGUAUGGUGGCCCCCAGCACAUCGUGGGCAGCCCCUUCAAAGCCAAGGUCACAGGUCCCCGGCUGUCUGGAGGCCACAGCCUUCAUGAAACAUCCACGGUUCUGGUGGAGACUGUGACCAAGUCAUCCUCAAGCCAUGGCUCCAGCUACAGUUCCAUCCCCAAGUUCUCCUCGGAUGCCAGCAAGGUGGUGACACGGGGCCCUGGGCUGUCCCAGGCCUUUGUGGGUCAGAAGAACUCCUUCACAGUGGACUGCAGCAAAGCAGGCACCAACAUGAUGAUGGUGGGUGUGCACGGGCCCAAGACCCCCUGUGAGGAGGUAUACGUGAAGCACAUGGGGAACCGGGUGUACAACGUCACCUACACCGUCAAGGAGAAGGGGGACUACAUCCUCAUUGUCAAGUGGGGUGAUGAAAGCGUCCCCGGAAGCCCCUUCAAAGUCAACGUGCCUUGAAUCCCAGAAGCACCUCCCCCCCGCCUCAGCCCCCACCUCCAGCCAAACGCUCACACGCAUCCACACACCAGCGUGCCACACUCAGAUUCACUUGCACAGUCAACACUCCAAACACCUGCCUUGGGUGUGACUUGAAUGGCACAGCCUCCCAUCCCACUGUGCCCUCAGGGCGUAGAGGCUUUAUCUGUCUCAGGGCAGUGUCCUCCCUUGAAUGUGUCCCAAGGGGAGACUGGGGCCAGGCUCAGAGGCAGAGGCUGUGACAGGGCAGCACAGGGGGUUGGAGGAACCCUGAGUUUCCUGGUGGAGCUGUGGCCAGUGGGGAAGCGUGGUGUUGGGGGUGUCUGUGUGUGAGAGAGGUUACCCUCAAACCACCCUGCCGGCCAGGCCGCCCUGCCUGAGGACUGCAUCUGGCCUCUCUGGUGGCCACCACCUGGGAGUGUCAAGGACUUGGAAAAGAAAGCACAAUCAGAGAAGAAAACAGACCCAGAACAAGCAGCGUGUGGACUGCCCCAAGUGCUAUGUACCCCACUCAAACUAGGCUUCCUGGGGAACUGAUUUUUCUCUCUUUUUUUACGGUUGCACAGCUCUGCCCCAUGGAGGGCCUUUUUUACACACUGCGAGGCCCAGCUUUCGGGGGGUCUUUUGCACAUGUCAUGCAGCUCAGCUGGGAGCUGCUUAGGUG